AUGGCACUCGAACUGUAUACAGAUCCACGACUUCCUUGUCCUCAGCGGGUCCACUUAAUAGUACUAGAGCUUGACUUGGAUGUCAUCGUUCACCGAGUCUCCCUUGAAGAUGGAGAAAACAGAAGGAAUGAUUAUAUUCAGCUGAAUCCGUUCGCCACCCUACCCUGUCUCAAGGACUCUACCUUUUCUCCACCACUCGUUGUCUACGAAUCGAGAGCGAUAGCACGCUUUCUGGCCGCUCGCUAUGGGCCACAACUGCUGCCAGAUCCCGGGAAUGUAUCUGCUAUAGCUCAGUUCGAGCAAGCGGCCAGCACUGAAGUCACGACGUUUGACCCAGUUGCAAAUCGUCUCGUCUUCGAAAUAAUCUUCAAGAGGUUCGUUAUUUCCAUAGCUGUAAUGAACCCAGUUUGA